UUGAGCGGCGUAGAAGCAAAAUGCGAAACAAUCAUACAUAUAUUAGUGGUACUCAUUUAAUGUCGCAAACUUGUGGCAAUUAUAGCAAACUUUGCAAAAUGGCAAUACCGCAGUUGUUCAUUUUUGUAUGUAAUUUCGUUUGCAACACAAUGGCAACUAUGCGGGCCAAUUCUAAAUGGCAUCCAUGGCAAUUUGUGGCAUAUCAAUAUCAGCUGAUCAUUAAAACGGUUCAAACAAAGUUCUUAUAAAAUGGAAGAAAAAAAACGUUUGCGGAUAAAUGGAACUUUUCGUUGGACAGAACGACAAACUAAAGAUUUACUCAACAUUAUCGUGGAAAAUGUAAAAGCUAAUCCGGAACAGUUCGAGAAACCAACUGCUCAAAAAUUCUAUGAGCAUAUUACAAAAAAUGCAUCUACUUUGAACAGCAUCAAAUGGGAUGUUAUGCGCACAAAAAUGAGGCACCUAAAAACAAGUUUUUCGUCCGCACUGAAAUGGAAGGGUCAAACAGGUGCAGGAUUGCUAGAAAGUGGAGAUGUAAAAAGCGUUGAAGAUUACAUUAAAAAAAUGUGUCCAUUCCAUGAUGACUUGUACGCAAUAUUUGGUCAUCGUGUAAAUGUGCAGCCGCCAGCUAUCUAUCAAUCUACCAUGCCAGUGUCAUUGUUGGAUACUUUUGAAGUAGAUGCGUUGAUGGAAAAUGAUGGCGAAACAUUUUCAACAAGUUUACCUGAAAGUCCGUUGGCCAGUCCGACUGUGGUGCUUCCUUCUACAUCAGAGAGUGUAGCAAGUCCGUCCGCCCUAUCCAUCGCAACAAGUGCUUGUACGCAAAAUACCACUACACCAAAAAAAAAUUUGAAAAGGCCUCAAAACUCAAACCCAUUUGCAUUAUUAUUUGAAAUUCAAUCAAAAAAGCUGGAAUUAGAAUCACAAAAACUAGAAUUCGAAAAGGAAAAAGAGCAAAACAAAUUCAUGUUACAGAAGCUACAGCUGGAGAAGGAGGAAAGGAUCGAAAUGGAGAAAAUAAGAUUGGAGCACGAAAGAUUGUCAAGUGUUGAUACGUCAAACAAGAAAAUGCUUGUUGAAGAGCUCCUUGUCGGAACAUAAGGAGGCAUAUUCGUAAGGUUAUGAUCCGAAAAAGAAAGCGUACUUUAAAUUUUUCGUUUUUAUUCGGAACCACGCUCAAAAGUUUGG